UCAAAUCAAAAUUAUCAAGACGAACAAGCAAAAUUAUUAUAACAAAUUAAUCAGUCAAUCAUUUUUCUAAUAUGUCGUUUUUCAAUCCUGAGAUUCCGAUAAAAGAAAAACCAGUUUCACAUCAUCCUUGGGAAAGAUAUAUUAAACCCGCAUAUGCCAACACAUAUAAAUAUGGUCAUAAUUCAGCGACGAAUCCCGCUUUUCCUCCCAAAAAGGAAGACCCUUAUAGUGCCGAUCGAGUUAAGUUCACGGUUAUAGGAAACAUGGUUACGAAGGAAUUUAUCUACUGUAAGAAACUAGUAGAAGGUCUUCACAAGUAUCGAAGCAAAUAUUUCGCUGCUCCAGUAGUUAGAGCUGUAACGGGCAUAGAUUGGCCGAAAAUAUGGAAUGAUUUGAAAAUCCAGUAUGGUGGCCUAGCUUAUUGCUUGCUUACUCAAUGUGCCGUACUAAUCAACGACCGCUUUCUUGGUGGCGUGGACGAAUUAAAAGAACUGAUUGAAUCUAAAUAUGUUUAUGAUAUACAUCCUGAUUAUGCAAAGGAAGGCAUCCAGUUAUUUGCUAAAUAUUUAAAGUCUUCUGGAAGACCUUUUGUUUAUUUGCAAAUUUCCAUCAACGCCGAAGUUAUUGGGACGAUGAUAUUUAUGCUUUACUCAGACUUAGUGCCAGCAACGUGUGAAAACUUUCUUCGUCUUUGUAAGACCACUAAAGGUGGCUAUUCAGGAACUCCCGUCCAUCGCAUUGUUAAAGAUUGUUGGAUCCAAUGUGGAGGUUUCGGAUUAAAGGAAUCGAAUAUGCCCUGCGAAAAUUUUGCCGUACCGCAUGACAGACGGGGAAUUAUCGGUAUGGCUAACGGCGGCAGACAUAUGGAUUGUUCCACUCAAUUUUACGUUUUAUUGCAACCUGCAAAUUGGAUGAAAAACAGAUACGUAGCUUUUGGACAACUUAUUGAUGGAGAAAAAACUCUACAGAAGAUUGAGAGUGUUCCCGUUUGGUACGAGACACCAACCAAACAAAUAAUUAUAUUUAAAGCUGGCGUUUUUACUAUGGAAUGCCAAGAUAUUAUGAUUAAUAGAGGAGCGAACGAGUAUAUAUCUGGACAUAUUGAAAACCUUCAUAUUAUUGGAGAGAUGUUUUACGAGGCACUACUGGAGAAAGUGUUCUUGGAAGCUGAUUUCCGAAAGUUACAACAAAUACAAGAUGAAAUGAUGGAGGAAGGAGUUCCCGAAGAAGAUGUGAAAAAUUUGCGAACCACGCAAAGAUUUAUGAGGAGAAAGGAAGAAAUCGAUAAACAACUGAAGCGUGACAAGACAGGGCGCACAACUCCGGUUGCGCUUCGUGCACCAACUCCGUAUGGCGAAAACAAUGAGUUUGAUGUAGAAGUUUAUGAAUACGAGCCUGAAGAAUAUUCAUACAGACACGCAUCGACGCCUCAUAGUGAGAGUAUUGUUGACAAGCCUGACAAGCCUUUCUACAUACCUUUGACGGAUGUUCCUUACCCAGGGGAGGUUGAUUCCACGUAUGACCUUAAGAGAUUUUUGCAAGGCGACUAUUGCCUAGAAGUUGACCUCGAAAAGGACCCUUCUGCAAAAUCGUCGAAACAAACUCGACUUUCAGUUCCAUCUGAGAUUUUUGAAGCGCUUUUUGAACGGACACCCUCAACGGAAUCAGAAGACAGGGAAUCUUUAGAUUCAACUGAUGAGAAAGAAAUCAAGAAAUAUUUAAAGAUUAAUUCAGAUAGCGUGAGCUUUGCAGGAGAUAUUAUAAAAGCUGUGGCCCAAAAAGACAGACGAAAGUUAUUUGAAAGUUUGGGACAUGCUCAAUUACUUACCGAUGAGCAACUAAGACGUUACAGGUUAGCCACUGAGGAAUACAAAGCUCAUCAAAGCAAUCAUUUUCCUACUUCUGGUCUUACGGACGAGGAAAAAGAGGCGAAAAAACGACGUCAGACUGGUUUCGUUCAUUCCGAUGAUUUAGAAAAAGUCCAUGUUUUCACCAAAACGAGCUCAGAGAUGCUGCUAGAUGAUGAUGACGAUGAAGUCAGCCCGGUCAAACCUCCAGCGUUCUUGGCGGGCGGAGCACGGGCCGCCCGCAGGCCCACCGGAUUUGUACGUCGCGAAGACCUCCAAAUGCUCCUGGGCACUGCUGACGAUGAUGAUGACGAUGAUGAUGACUACGAUGAUGACGAAAGACACGGCGACAUAAGGCCAUCGGUUCUCAAUCGCCUCUACGACGCCAUUGUGCACGAAGAUACAGAAAUAGGGCCCACCUUAAAAAAUUACAGGCCUUUCGAAGAAACACAAAAGAACAACUCACUGUUUCUGACUCGUCCGUGUCACCUUGACAGCAAUGAAGAUGUAAAGGAUAGAUUUAACUUGCACCGCUCGGUGUCCGAAUUAUCGGUUGACCAAUCCAUAGAUCACGUCCUUGAAUUACAACAUGGUAGAAAGGUUAGCCGCAAAAUAUCGUCUGACUAUGUUAAGACGAUAGAUCAUAUCGAACACCACAAGGGUAAAAUACACUCAAUAAGGAGCGUAGAGUUUGCUAAAAAACGGCCUGCUAUCUCCAUUGACGAAUAUCAGAAGAAGAAUCGAGAGUACUAUGAGAUGCAAAUGAAUAAGGUUCCUGUAGAUGGCGGACCGUCUGCUGCUGAUAAUAAUUAACGGAAGUAAGGCAGCCGAAGAAAGACAAUUUUAUCUCUUCGUAUACGGAGUCACUACGGCCAAGGUGAGUGAUAUAGAAUCUUUUUGCUCGUAAAAUAAAAUUUCAGUUCGUAGACCGAGAUUGAGGACCUUAUUGUUCCACCGACAGGGUCUAUGGCCUUACAGAAGAAAGAAAUUUUAGAAAGAAUUACAACUAUUACUUAGAAUAAAGUGUUAUUUAGCAAAUGAACGAAGUUUAUUUUAAUUUUGUUGAAUAUCUUAGAAAAAGGU